UUAACAAUUUACCUGAAAUAAAAAAAUUCAAUAAAGUUUUACCAAAAUUUAAUCAAAACCAAAUAUAAACGAGUUAAACGCAGCAGUGCAACAUUUAACCGCGGUCGCGUUGCUUCGCCACACACCUUCUUGACAGCGCAUUCGGUGCAAUUAAUUUCUUCGCUUUACUGCGGUUUUGCGCUUUGACGCCACCUACCGUAAUUAGAUUAUUGGAUAAUGGCGCUACAAACAAACAUAAAUGUCUAAUUCUAACGGUGAGAAUUCAUGGUGGUCUGUGCACAUAAAAGUUCAUAUCACUAACUGGCAAAAUAAAAUAUUACGAAAUUUUUUAAAGACUUCUUCGUAAAAACUUGACUUAUAGCACAAUGGAUGAAUUUCCCGUCUUACAAAUACCUGAUGAUGAAGUACUCGAGGAGGAGGAAUUCGAACGUCUUUACACCGCUCCUAUUGUAGUUGUCAUAAUACUCUCCUUAUUUUACGGCAGCAUCAGCAUUUUAGCAAUCAUUGGCAACUCAUUAGUCAUUUGGGUGGUGAUAACGGCCCGACAAAUGCGUACCGUCACCAACACAUACAUAGCAAACUUGGCUGUUGCCGAUGUCAUCAUUGGACUCUUCUGUAUACCGUUUCAGUUUCAAGCAGCUCUUUUACAGCGUUGGAACUUACCCUGGUUUAUGUGUGCCUUUUGUCCUUUCGUGCAAACGGUGAGCGUAAAUGUUUCCGUUUUUACAUUAACCGCCAUUGCGAUUGAUCGACAUCGUGCUAUCAUCAAUCCUUUAAGAGCACGUCCUUCGAAAUAUAUUUCAAAAUUUAUUCUGUUUGGCAUUUGGUUAUCGGCCUUCAUAUUCGCUAGCCCAAUCGCCAUAGCAUUUCGUGUGGAAGUUAUCCAUGAACGGUAUAGAGAGGACGGUGUCAUCUACAAUGUGACACGACCCUUCUGCGCGAAUAUCAAUCUCUCGGACGAACAGCUGAAGGCUUACCGUUAUGCGCUUGUUAUCGUACAAUACUGUGUGCCCUGCUGUGUCAUCUCCUUCGUCUACGUACAAAUGGCUGUGAAACUGUGGCUCACCGAAACGCCAGGCAACGCCGAGGAUACAAGAGACAUGGCGUUAAUGCGAAAUAAGAAGAAGGUCAUAAAAAUGCUCAUCGUUGUUGUGAUUGUGUUCGGCAUCUGCUGGCUACCCUUGCAGCUAUAUAAUGUGCUGUAUGUGACUAUACCAGAAGUUAAUGAAUACCACUUUAUCAGCAUAAUAUGGUUUUGCUGCGAUUGGUUGGCGAUGAGCAAUAGCUGCUACAAUCCCUUCAUUUAUGGCAUUUACAAUGAAAAAUUCAAACGUGAAUUCAAUAAACGUUUCAAUUUGUGCUUUUGCAAAUUUCGCACCAACAAUGAUGCCCACGACCGCACCUUGUCUAUGCAUACGAGAGCCACCUCAUUGCGCUCGAACUUUGCCAAUUCGUCGAUGCGUAUACGUAGCAAUUUAUAUGCCGAAGCUGGUGCUGGACAAAGCAAAUCAGACAUUUACUACACAUAUCGUUAUGCAAAUAUGCGACCGGGUCGGAAUGGCAGUAAUGCGUCAGCCUACAAUAUUAUAGCUUUGCCUCGUAAAACAAUGCAAACGAGUGAAUGCAGCAAGACUAAUACCGAGUUGCAUAACGCCGCUGCUGCUGCUGCUGCGGGUAAUGGUCAGAGUGUGCCGCAAUGGCGGCGUAACAACUUCAAGCCGCUGUAUCCAGAUGUAAUUGAAUGUGAAGAUGACUUGGACACGCUGAUGCACUCGACACCCACAUCAGAGGAGCCGAAUUCCAGCUCGGCGGGCAGUAAUAAAGUGAAUAUGAAUGCCGGACCGGGCUUCAUAUUUAAAACUACAGGGAAAAGAUAACUGGGAGCUUUGCCGUGCUAACAGAGUUACGCAGAAACCAUGUUCAAUUGUACAGUGGAAAUGGACCCGAUCAUCAACUAAGCUGACGGCACGCACGUUUGGGCAACGAAAAGUAAAGCUCUUCAGCUUAUUUGACUUAAGCUCUUACUGGGAAUGCAUGUGCUCUGUGCCCGUUCGGCUAUUGUUGUAGUAAAUUUGCCGAUUUUGACAAUAAACUCCCAUUAUCGAAAUGAGUCGCACAUGCGACCGCCAGUGUUGGUUCGUGCAAGCAAUAAACACCCAAACAAAGUCUGAUGCGUAGAAGUCGUAACGUCUGCCAAUUAGUGACGAACCCGUCGAGGCUUUUAAGCAACGAUUAGAAAUUUGGCAGAAUUCAUAAGCAAUUACUAAUGAUUCAUGAUGUGCUAUACUACUAUAAUGGUUGCAUUACAAGUUUAUAUGCAUAAUAUACAUACAUAUCUAUAUGUGGUUUUGUGUGUGUUUUCAAACCGGAUUUGUUAUUUCAAAAAUGACAAGUGUUUUUUGAGUUAAAACAAUUUUCAAGUGUGAUAAUACCAAUUAGA